UCGUACUGUGCUAGUCUGUUUUUUGAGUCAUUCAUCACCAAUGUCAACAAUCUCCGACUAUCGUUCACAAUUGCGAGCAUUUGCUCUCGACAGUGGCAACAGCUUGGAGCAUUCUAAAGAUACAAACUUACGGUUUUGUCUAUCACCCUGAUAGUAUCUGUACGUAAAUGUUAAAGUAAUAUUUCUUUCUGUUGUUUCAGGGGAAGGUGGUGAGGAAGGCUCUCCAGAAGAAGGCGAGAAGCUUGAGGGUGAAGAAGAAGCAGGCUCGAUGACACCUACUUCGGCUGCUUCGUUGGAGCCUAAUGAGGAGGAGGCUUCGUCACCCACGCCUGGGGACAUCCUUAGUCCUGGCAGUCCCAGAUCACCACACGAAGAUAUGAACGUUCACCGACGUCCGCCCUCCCGCUGCACCUCCCGCGGUUCAAGCGACUCUGCACCGCCCUUGGCUGCCCACCCUCCUCGCUGCCCUUCCGGCGACUCAGUGGGCAGCAGCAUAGCCGCCGUCGAUCACCACCAGAGGGCGGCCGCCGCCCUUCUACGCACCAUCCCACUGGGGGCGGCGCUAAGCCCUGUAGGUGUGCCAUUGCCUCCUGCUGCUCUGUUGCCGCCCCAAUCAGCUGCGAUGGCGGCGUACCUGAACGCAGCCGCUGCCGCCCAUAGGCUUAUGAUGACGUCACCCGCACCUGGCCCGCCCCCGGCUUAUUCGCCGCCCAUGGCAUCCCCGCCACAGCCUGCGGAAGGGAUUCUUGACUUCAGCAAGAGGACAAAGGUUGAGGCACCAGUAGACUCAGACUCGGAUGCAGUGAACCUGAGCAAACCUGACACGCCACCUGCUGGCGAAUCAGGAGCUCCUUUAGACCUGUCGGUGAGCAAUCGCAAACGUACUUCAGAGGAACCUCUACCUCAGCCACCCCAGAGGAGGCCUAGAACGACCGAUUUUAAACCAGCUCUUCCACAAUGGCCUCCUGCUCUUGGAAGCUCGCCGUUGCCAUCUUACUUUGCCGCAGCUGUAGCAGCCGCAGGCCUUUCGCCUAAAAAUAACACGCCUGACCUCUGGAAUGGCAAGCUGAAGCAACCUACUCCAACACCAAGUGAUGCCACCAAAGCGCUAGAAAAGAUGAGCGAGCUGAGUAAACUUGGAGGCGAUGACAUCUUCAGAAUGGCUAGUGCACCACCGGGUAGCUCGACGGGUAAUAGGCAUAGCGCCUGGCAGUCGCACUGGUUGAAUAAAGGAGCAGAGCAGGCCAAAGAUGUCCUGAAGUGCGUUUGGUGCAAGCAAAGCUUCCCCAGCUUAGCAGCUAUGACCACGCAUAUGAAAGAAGCCAAACAUUGUGGUGUCAGUGUUCCCGUCCCUUCUAUGCAGUCUGGCAAUUUGAUACCGCAACCUCAGAUCACGUCUCCUUCCAAUACUAAUACCAGCAGCUCUUCUACUAACUCGAACAAGCCUCCAAAUGACCUCAAUAUGCUUAUCAAAGAAACGAUGCCUCUACCAAGGAAACUUGUACGAGGUCAAGACGUUUGGUUGGGCAAGGGAGCUGAGCAAACCAGGCAGAUCCUUAAAUGCAUGUGGUGUGGACAAAGCUUCCGAUCUUUGGCUGAAAUGACCAGCCAUAUGCAACAGACUCAGCAUUACACCAACAUCAUCUCACAGGAGCAGAUCAUCUCUUGGAGGUCUUCGGAGGAUUCGAAAGGAGGAAGUAGUGGACCUUCUGGGCCAAAUCCUCCUCCAGGAGGUACGAGUAGUCACGUAAGUGCGGUAUUGACGUGCAAAGUAUGCGACCAAGCAUUUAGUUCACUCAAAGAGCUGAGCAACCACAUGGUGAAGAAUUCGCAUUAUAAAGAGCACAUAAUGAGGUCGAUAACGGAGAGUGGAGGUCGACGGAGGCAGACAAGGGAAAAACGUAAGAAGUCGUUACCUGUGAGGAAGCUUUUGGAAUUGGAGCGAGCUCAACAGGAGUUCAAGAAUGGAGAUAGUAGUAUAUUGGAUAAAAUGCGAGAUGCUGCAAGUGCCGGGAGGAUAACUUGUGAAAAAUGCGGGAAUAAAAUCGAAACCGCUAUGUUUGUCGACCAUAUCAGGCAAUGCGUUGGAGGUAUGACUGGCAACCCUCGGAACUUUCUAAAAAGUGCGUUAAUGUCAAACAAUAUCUUACCUCCCGAGAGUCCGAAUAGAGAUAAGAUGAAAACCCCUUCCGAUAAGUCACCAUCACCCCAACAAAGAUCGCCUUCAGUAACCGAAUCUACUGGGAAAGAAGGAGGAACUCCAGAAAACAACAACGGUUCGUCACCUUCGGUUUUAAACGCUAUAGAGAAGCUGAUAGAGAAGAGUUUUGACUCGAGGUCGAGGCAAAAUCCUGGUUUCCCUGGCCAUGGACCGGCGCAGGCUCCCAUGGGAAGCAGCAUCUUGAAAAGGCUGGGCAUAGAUGAGAGUGUGGACUACACAAAACCCUUGGUAGACGCACAGACGAUGAAUCUGUUGAGAAGUUAUCAUCAGCAUCAAGGUCAUUAUCCUAGGCGGGAGAGGAGCGGAAGCGAGUCCAGCUCGAUGUCGGAACGAGGAAGCAGUAGAGUGGACUCGUUGACACCCGAAAAGAAGAUGGAACCCCCAGGCGUGCCUGUCAGCAGUUCAACCCCUCGGUCCACCCCUGAUAUAAAAAGGGAAAAAUCCCCCUUUCCCGAAAAAAUAAACAGUGCCAAUGAAUCCGAGACGGAUGUAGUUGUUAAGAAAGAGGUAGAUGAAGAAGAAAGUAGUACUGCCCCACCGACUGAAGUUAAAGUUAAGAAAGAAGUAGAGGAUAACGAAGACGACGAACAUGAACACGGGAGCUUUCAAAGCAACGGGGAGGUGAAAGAAGAGGAGGAAAGUAGAAAAAGGACUCCUCUGGCAAGUCCAAGCGGUGCACAACCCACCAGUCCUUGCAGGAACUCCACCAGUAGUCCAGCAAGUAGUGAUAGGUCGGGUACUCCAAGAAGCAGCAAUGGCGACCGAAAAUCGGCUGGGGGAAGUCUUGGGGCCCUCAGCUCCAUGUUCGACAGUCUCUCCGGCAACCAGACUGCUGCCGCCGAGGCUGGAGGACAAAGUGGAGGCAAAAAAGGCUCCAGUCAUCCCUUGGCUGCUCUGCAGAAGCUCUGUGACAAGACUGAGACGCACACAAACAACAGGGCCGUACCGGCCACUGCGGCAGCUGCUGUGAAUCCUAGUACUACAAAUGCAGGUGGUGGGCCAACACCUGGGGCCAUAUUGGCCUUCAGUUGGGCCUGCAACGAUGCUGUGGUCACGUCGGACUCGAUCAUGAAGUGCGCCUUCUGUGAUACGCCGUUCAUCUCGAAAGGGGCAUACAGGCACCACCUGAGCAAGAUGCACUUCGUGAAAGACGGCGUGAUUCCAGACCCGGUGGCUUUGAAGUCCACCUCUUCCUCAACGUCCUCACAACCCUCCGGUUCGACGCCAGUGCCCUCUAGCGGGGUGCCCCUGAAAAGCACGGCGCCUGUGGUGGUCCCGGUGUCCAAAAGUCCUCCGGCCCCCAAUCAGGCCCCGGCCGGGUUCGAGGAAAGUCCUCACUCAAAGUUUCUCAAGUAUACGGAACUGGCCAAGCAGCUAUCCAGUAAAUAUGUGUAGAGAGUUUGUUGGUCAAUUUAUGCUGGUUGGUAUAAGAAUAGAAUGAAGUAUGAUAAGCUUUUAAUUGAUUUUUUUUUGAGAUAUCUCAGUGUUGUGCCUAUACUUUCUAUAUAGCUUCGGUCUAGGAAACAUCUUCAGAGUGAUCCUUUACAAAAAGUUCCGGCCAGCGUUUACUGUUUUUAUCAAGAUUUUUAGUUAUUCCAUGGAUGUUGAGAGGUUUUUCAGCCUCGGAAAUAACUCAAAUUUUAAGCUGUCGCAACUAUGUGUUUACAUUCAAAUAUUUUAGGACAAGCUUGCCUACAUAUAUUCCUUUUUAUUUUGAUAUAUUUGAUUGUCCCAAGUUUGGUGCAAAAUUCAUUUUCAAUUUCGAAGCAGUAAGUACUACGACCAUGGGCGAUUUUAAAAAUCGUCAGUUAAGUAUUCGAGAAUUGAUGAAUUUUGGACAAAAAUAAUAACACUGAAACUAAUGAAACAAGUUCAUACAUGCAAUCAUCAAAAAAAAUUUAGUUACGAUCAGGGCUCUUUCUUGUUUAUUACUCAUCCUUUGGCAAUCACAUGGCAUUUUCCAAGAACUGGGUUUGAUCCGACAUAUCUGGAUAUUUUAACGGCCAUUAUAGUCUACGGAACGGCUAUUGUGUUUGUUUAUAUUUUUUGGAAGAUGCUCGAAGAAAUAAGGUGGACUAGAAUAGUAGUUUCCAAAAAUCUACUUGGGCCUUGCUAUGAUAACUGUGAAACUACUACCCCAAAAAGACUGUUUUUUAUAAGUUCCAUUCACAGUUCAUAAUAAAGACGUUAACCAACCUCGUCUGCUUAGAACUAAAGUUAUUGGCUUGAAGUACUUGAAUUUCUUAUAGCCUAGUCAAUGUAUAUUAAAUUUUUACUGUACCUGCAUGCAACGCGCCAACUACUUUCAAUUCGCUGCGCGCAUAACAAUUAUUUGGAACUAAGUGCUUUUCUGCUUUGUUGCCCUUUAUCAAAAAGUACGUUUUAUACAUAUUAGCUAGUUAAUAUUAUUUUAGACCUGUAUCGUAAAAAUACCAUACUAUAUCUAUGGCAUUACGGUAACGAAGCCAAAAAUGUAAGCAGACUCUAGCUCUUGAUACAUCUUGAUAAAGUAAAAUAUUUCAACGUUUUCAUUAUUUAGAUUAAUAAUUUUAUAACCGUUUUGAAAAGUAUUGAAUUUAAUUUUAGUAAUAAAACACUUCUGGUCUAAUAAUUUUGUGGUAGAAAAUCGUACUCUACUCUCCAUCUCGUUGGUCAUUUUUUAUAAUUCCUGUCGACCGUAAAUAAGAGAGCUGAAGGUGCUAUUUUCGGUGCUUGGUGAAGGAAUUCCGCGGCCCACUACCCGAAUUUGUGAAAUAGUUUUAUACGCAGAAUUGCGGAAUUAUAGAGUGGUUUGGUUUUUAUUAGAAAUGGUCUUGGUGUUUUUUUUUGUCAGAGUCUUUUUCACCCUCCUGGGGAUCUAGCCGUGGAUAUAACUACACUCAACUAUCGAGCUGGUAAGUGACCGUUUUCUCCAACCAACGUGUUAGUUUCCUCAAUAUGAUUUCUAAUUUUCUUCAGCUGUCGUCGACAGAAAUUAAAAAAAUUGACCUUCAACGAGAUGGAGAGUAGAGUACGACUUCCUUCCUCAAAAUUAUUGUAUUACUAAAAAUAAAAUUUGAUAUUUUUAAGAACGGCUAUCAAAUUAUUAUUCUAAAUAAGAAAAAUGUUCUAAUAAUUUACUUUAUCAAGAUGUAGUUAAUUUUUAGUCAACCAUAAAAAGAAACUGUAACAGUCUGUCAUCGACUGUAACACCAAAUGCACGAAUCAAAUCUGAACGAUAAAGCUUCUUUAGCUUUUAUAAUUUUAAUCCUGAUAUAUUUUUUUAAUUUUAUCAGACUGCAUUCUAUCCGUCUACCGACCAGCAAAUCGCAUGUACAUAGUGUUCAUUUAUGUAAAAUUACACAUGAAGAAACAUUCCUAUUUUGUAAAAUAUAGUCUUAGAAGACUCGGUCGCUGUGAGCGACGUCUUGUGAUGUUAUCAUAUCGUAAUUACAACCAAUAGUAAUAAAGAACAUAGUUGUUUAGGGUGUCAGUCGUCAGGGAUACAACAAAAAAAAACUCAACAUCAUGUGGCAAGAUUUUUGAAGUGACAUGUCCGAAAGUAGAUUUUUGAUGGUGGAGAUAAUAUACUGCGAUAAGAAAGCCAACCAACUGUGGAAUAUGCAGUUCUGUCAAAAUGACGUAUACCAUUAAUAACAGGCCAGAGUGACAGGGGAGGUAUAUUGGCUUCAAAUCAAUCAGAUAAAAUUAACAUGACCUUAGUAAAAGUUUUCUAGUUUUCCAGUUAUUAUUUUUCAAAAAAUCACUACUGUUUGCUCCUUUUUUGCCUGUUAUGGCUAUUAAAAAACUUUGCUGGGCUACCAUUAAUAGUUGGUUGAGACAGCCGAGUCAAGUAUUCAUUUCAUUGAAAACUAGCAUGGUAUGCUAAAAAAAUUAAUAUAUUUUGUUUCAAUGAGAAAACCUUUACCGUGAAAAAAAUGUACCAGACUGAAUCGGCAAAUGAUUUUAAAAACUAGCCUAUUUAAAGUUCUUUUAAAUAUAGUAUAACAUUUGUAGGUUCUUUCUACUAAAAAUUGAAUGAUCCCAAGUUUUGUCAUUGAAGUCGUAAUACUUAGAAAAUACUUUAAAUAAAAAAUAAGCGCAGCCGUCUUUUGUAUCCAAAUCACUAAGUAAUGAAACGACCUAAACAUGUAAUUGACUAUCUCGCUGACACAUUCAUUGUUCGGUCUUCAGCAUUAUGUCACCUCAAGGAACAGAGUUGGUACCUGCUCACCGCAUGCGCAAGGUUAAUUUAAUACUGCUCCUUGUGUUAGUGCUACACAGGUGUUAUUUAGCUCCUUGGCUGUCGUUUCACUCGUUAGUGAUUUGGAUACAAAAGACUGACGCACUUAUUUUUUAUUUGUAGUAUUGCGAAAUACUACAAAUAAAAUUCGUUACAAAACUUGGAAUUAUCCAAUUUUUAGUAGAAAGGAACUACAAAAGUUAUACUACACUGAAAGAGCAUUAAAUAGGCUAGUUUUUAAGAUCAUUUGCCGAUUCAGUCUGGUACAGUGAUUUUUUGAAAAAACCUAAAAGUGGCAAUAUCUCGAAAACUAGAAAACUUUUAACUAAGGUCAUGUUGAUUUCAUCCGAUUGAUCCGAAGUCAGUCUACCUCCCGUGACACUCUAGCGUGUUAUUUCUGGGACCCUGUAUAGUUCUUUUCACGGCUUUUGGCAGUUACAUCACUUGCCAUACGAAAUAGGAAAACAGAUUAACUAAAAGUAUCAUAUGCGUACCUUAAUUUCAGACUGGACAAACCGAUCCGUAACACAGCUGUCACUGGCUCUUGCACGCAGUGAUGAAAUGGGUCAUAUAAAAUCGUUGUUUUCACUCAAUUUCUGAACAUACUUCUUCGGCAGACUGUCGACGCCACGAAAUGGGUAAAAAUCAAUCACAUGUCCAUGACAAGCAAGUUGUCAUAUUGACAGUGGCAAACAUGAAUGUGGACGACUCACACGUUGACGAGAAACUUUUUAUGGUGACGAGACAAAAACGUAUGCCUGUGAGUUUAGGAAAACAAACUUCUACGCAUAUGUAUGCGUGAGGGAGACCGAUAUAAGAGUGAUUCGUGUAGUUCGACUGUCACUUGCCAAAAACAGUGAAAAGUUGAUAAACUGCGUACGUUUUUGUAAUUAUAAGAGUGCUUUGAAUUUGUUGACGGACAUUUGUCCUGUAGGUAUUUUUAAUUACCUGAUUGGAACAUUAAUAACCCAGGUAUUUGACACUCACAAGAUCAGUAUGUUGUCUACACUUUCCAAAAUCUCUCUCAAUUCCUAUGAUAGACCUGAUGUCCAUAAUUUCUGAUUUUGAACUUGACGACUGGCCUAUUUAGUGCAGUUCAUUGCGGAUUCUGAAACGGAGCAAAAAUGAAAAACACUAAAACAAAUGAAUCUCCUCAUCCUGCGUGAUUAUGAUUGUUAUACGAAUUUUAUGUCACAAUGUACAUAGAAUCUACGGUAUAAGUCAGUAUUGUAAGAAUUGUAAUAUUUUUUCUCUCUCUCAUUAGGGAUGUGAAUACCAAUAGGGCUCUAUUGAACGAUUCGCGACCUUGUUGAAAAAUUGAAGGGUGUGCGACUUUACAAUUUAUGUAAUUUUUUACAUCGCAUUUGUCGUAAUUUCAUAUACAAGUUGUAUGCAAGAGAUUUAACAUAAAAUAUCUAGUCUUCUAAGAAUCAGAAAGUUGGAAACAAAUAUUACAUGGACCUAUACAGACAUUUGUUUUGAUAUAUUUACAACACGAUUUUUUAUGUAAUUUGUGUUUUUUGUUUUCAUAUAUGCAUCUACCUACUCGAAUUGCAUAAGUCAUUCACCCAAAGAUUCUAAUACGUACUAAAUAUUGAAAGGGUACGAAUGGUUCAAUGGAACCAUACUAAUAAAUUUUUCAACCACCCUAAUCGAUUAGGUGUAAAAACAAAAUAGUUGUUGGUUGAAAACCGUAAGUUUUUGGAAAGUAUUCAAAUUGUAGUCGUAUAAAAAGAAACAUUAUUUUUCCUUUCCUGAGUUCCAGACAAACAAAUGAUGCAAUGACGGUUCUGAUAUGACCGAAUUGAACUAAGUAUACGUAUGUCGUAAAUAUCUUCCAAGAAAGUUUUUAAAUAAAUAUUUAUCGAUAAUUAUAAUAUACUGAAUAAUACAAAAAAUGUAUACGCAACUAGCUGAUAUUCUUGGCGAGCUCUUUUAUUAUGUUUUUAAAAUUAACUUUAUUUAAUAUUUUGUUGUAUUUGAUCGCAAUGAAAGCU